AUGAAGGAAGUCGACCGGGGAAGCAAGGGAUGCUCAGCAGCACGACCCAGUGAUGAGCGGUUCGGAGAUUUUGUGCAGCACGAAGUGACCAUGAAGAUCAGUUGCUCGGACCAGUGUCAACAACAAUUGUCAACAAUCAGUGGCAAUCAUGGCGGUGUUGGAAUGUUGGUGGUCCAACGACGUCGUCUGGAGGCGCGGGACGAGGAAUGCUCUACUACCAUCAGGUACCACCCAAGGAAUGAAGGCUUGGAUGAUCUCUGUUAA